GGCGGCUCCGGCUCGGACCCGAACCGCUGGCGCCUGCCGCACCCGCCAAAUCCCACCGUCGUUCGUCCCUCCCUCCCCGGCAGGCAGCAGGUCAGGUGAGGAGAGCAGCCGCGCGCACUCACAGAGGCCCCCCAACGUCUCUCUCCCAUCCCCUUCCUCCCUCCCAGAUCCCCCGCCUCUCCCCACCGCGGCAGCAUUGGCGGCAUUUGGCGUCCCGGGACGUCCCCCGCCCCGCCCGGCGCGCGAUGCCGGCGCCCGCUUCGUCGUAGGCGGACGACCGGGGGAUCUCUCUCUCUCUGCGUGUCGUCGCUGCUGAAGGAGGAGGCGGAAUGCCCGAGGCGGACGCGGACGGCGCGGUGGAGGUCGUGUCGCCGCGAUCCGGCUACUUCAGGCAGCGGAGCAUGCACGCGCCGGCCACGGAUCCGGACCGCAAGGCGUUCGACGUCGAGAACCCGCCGGGGACCACCGCCGCAGCCUCCGCCGCCGCGGGGGGAGGAGGAGGAGGGCUCCGGCCCAGCGAGUCCGUCGCCAAGCUCGAGUCGCUCGAGCGGGCCGAGCGCGCCGCGCUGGCGCCGGCCGUCGUGCUCAAGACGGGCUUCUACAUCCUCGUCUGGUACACCUUCAGCACCUGCCUCACGCUAUACAAUAAGACGCUGCUGGGGGACAAGCUGGGCAAGUUCCCGGCUCCGCUGCUGAUGAACACUGUGCACUUCGCGCUGCAGGCGGCGCUCUCCAAGAUCAUCAUGCUGUUCCAGGCCAAGGGGCUGGACGCUGCGGUGGACAUGGGGUGGAAGGAUUACUUAAUGAGAGUCGUGCCAACUGCUCUGGGAACCGCACUGGACAUCAACCUGAGCAACGCUUCUCUAGUCUUCAUCUCAGUCACAUUCGCUACUAUGUGUAAAUCAGCCUCGCCGAUUUUUCUUUUGCUAUUCGCUUUUACAUUUAGGUUGGAGAGUCCCAGCAUCAAGCUUAUGGGAAUCAUAGUUGUCAUUUCUAUUGGCGUUCUGUUGACAGUUGCCAAGGAGACCGACUUUGACUUCUGGGGAUUCAUUUUUGUGACGCUUGCUGCUGUUAUGUCAGGAUUCCGCUGGUCCAUGACUCAGAUUCUGUUGCAAAAAGAUAGUUACGGCCUGAAAGAUCCAAUCACCCUGAUGAGUCAUGUUACCCCAGUGAUGGCCAUAGCCACAAUGGUACUAUCUCUCCUAUUGGAUCCUUGGAGUGAUUUUCGGAAGAAUGCGUAUUUUGAUAACCCAUGGCAUGUCAUGCGCAGUUUCUUACUCAUGCUAAUCGGAGGGAGCUUGGCUUUUUUCAUGGUGUUAACGGAGUAUAUACUUGUUUCAGCAACCAGUGCUAUAACCGUGACGAUAGCUGGGGUAGUAAAAGAAUCUGUAACCAUCUUGGUUGCAGUAUUUUAUUUCCACGAUGAAUUUACUUGGUUGAAAGGGUUUGGUCUCAUCACCAUUAUGGUUGGUGUUAGCUUAUUCAAUUGGUAUAAGUAUGAGAAAUUCAAAAAGGGUCACAUAAAUGAGGAUGAAGUUAGUUCUUCUUCGUUUAACGGAGAUGCCAAAUACAUUAUUCUAGAUGACUUGGAAUAUCAGGAUGAGUUUCAGGAUGAAGAUACAUAGCUUUUGGAACGUGGCGACAUUUUAACUGUCAUCUGCAGGAUCGUUGAUGCCUUGAGAUUGAGAGCAUGCAUGCCUGCUUGUUGAAAUAAGUCAUAGAGGUUUUCCACCGAAGACAUUCAGACAGAAACGCAAGCAAUCUGGAGCUUAAUCCACAUCAUAUCCAGGAUGGAUGCGUCAUUUUCUCAUCUACGACUGAAUAGCCACUCGAACUUCAGUAUCACAGUGCAAGCUAACUUCAUCGGAAAAUUUUGAGGAUCAGCAGCUGGUACAAAUCGGUGUGCUUGUUCAUAAUGGGAGUUGAUGGCAUCGGGUGUUUUUCUUUUCAUUUUGAGUGAGCGAGACAUGCACAUAUUCAUUAAACAUCCACAUUUUUGGUGCCUAGGUAUAGAACAAAUUGUAAGAGCGACCACACAUACCAAUCUGUGUUGUUCCCUUGAAAGUUAGGGAAAGCUUCUGGCUGUUUGUAAUUUGUAAAACCAAUCAAAGGAGUUGUUCUUCCCAACUGUA